AUGGUAAAUUUAGGAGCAGGAGCAAUUAUGCAAAGAUUAAAAUAAAGAUAAGAAGAGGAAAUGUUAGUAGACCUAUUGGCAAAAUAAAAUGAAUUAAUAGCUUAAUUGACUGAAGAUUUUAAUUGGAGAAUGGAUAAAAGAAAAUAACAAAUGGAAGAUGAACUAGAAGAAUUAGAAAAAAAAACAGUAAUUGCAAGAUAAAAAAAGGCUGAAUAAGACUACUUAUAUAAGCUUAAUCGAUAAUUGAACUUUGGAUUAUAAAGAAUAAAAGAGUAAGAAAUAAAGAAAUUGAUAUUUCCAAAGGCAAUUUAAUUAGGAAUGAAAGUUCCAAGUAUUUAAAGUCAUGAAGCCAUUGAAUAAGUGUAUCCCAACAUGAGAUUAUAAAAGAAAGAAUAACUAGAUGAGGAAGUUUAAGCUAAUGUCGAUCUUGAGUUUAGUAAUCCUUACAGAUAAUUUGUGAAUCCAAAUUUUCCUUAAUAUGCAACUCCAAUGAUGCCAUUUUCUCCCCCUUAACCACCUCAAUAAUAUCAACCUCAAUUUAAUCAGCCACAAAGUUAUUAAGAUAAUGGUACCUCUCCUUAAAUGAAAAGAAAUAGCUAAAUUUCUAAAAGGAUCAGCUAAGGUUCAUAAAGAUCUAGUUAAAAGUCUUUUGCUUCGCAAGUAUCAAAAAAAUCUCAAUAGAAUUGA